AGAUCGAGCCUCUCCCCAACCUGUGAUCGCAGGUUUCAAGUUUUUGUUUAACAGUAAGCUCUGACACACCAGUUGAUUAUUUCAGUGCCACUGUGAGAAAACCUACAGAAACACUACAGCCAUGGCGAGUGGAGGCAUUCUUGCUUUAAUGGUCAUCGUUGUGAUAUUGAAUAUAUUUGCAGCGGCAACAGGAUUGGCGUUAUUUGCAUUGGCGAUUUGGGUGGUCGUAGAUCCAUAUAAACUGUACCCAAUAGCGGCCAUAUCAGGGAAAGAUGAUAUCUUCGCAGCAGCCUGGAUAGCCAUCUUCACUGGCUUUGCCUACUUCUGCACUGCCAUCUUUGGGAUCUACGCUGCUCUGAAAAGGAAACGUGUCCUCGUGUUGGUGUACCUGCUGCUCAUGUUCAUCAUCUUCCUAUUCGAAUGUGCGUCCUGCAUCACAGCAGUCACCAACAGAGAUUACCUGAUUGGAAACAGUAACCUGGUGAAGAAUCAAAUGCUGAAAUACUAUGCAGACAGCAGUGACCAAGGAAGACAGAUCACUGGUACUUGGAACAAAGUAAUGCAAGAUGCUCAAUGCUGUGGGACAGACAGUCCACUGGAUUGGAUGGAUUACAAUUCUACAUUCAGGCAGACAUAUGGCACCAAAUACCACUGGCCCCUCAACUGCUGUCAACGUCAGAACAGCUUUGAUGCUGCUGACCCAGUUGGCUGCAUGCUUGGCCAGACCAGUGCAAUAUUCAACCAGGGUUGUUUCAGCUACAUCCAGUCUAUGUUACAUCGUUAUACCUGGUCUGUGAGCUGGUAUGGCUUUGCUGUGCAAAUGUAUAUGUUUUUCCUCAUGCUGAUUGUCAUGGUGUACUUCCUACUCCUGGAAUAAGAUCACGGAACAAAUUUUUCCACCAAAAACGCUAAUGUUGGCCUGCGAAUGAAAUCUAGGAGUACAAGAAGGUUUUUUUUGUUCAUUUAUAGCAUACUUGUCUUUGGAACAAUGCCACAAAAAUGAUUAGCCAUUUCUGUCUCCUGCUGCCAAAAUCUUUCCUCAAGGCAAAUCUUGAUAUUAUUCUGAUUGCACAACAUUUACGACUUGCAUGUACCGUGUUUUAUGUUCGGCAUGAUAGUGGCUUUGUUCCUUUUGAGCGGUCAUUGGUUUUGAUUAUAGAUUACAUUACAUUCUUUUCAAAGAAUAGUCCAUUUCAGGGAUUUUCUCUUAUGGCUAUUGUACAUUGAUAGUAAUAUAUACAUAUAUAUAUUUAUACUGUUUUAGUCAGUUACAUGUGUGGAUAUGUGGCCCGUUUUGAAUGUUUUAAUAAACACUAUAGAGACCA